CCUCCCCUGGCUGGAGCGGGAACUGCAGUGGGUUUGGCCAGCUCUCGUCAAAGGAGAAACCAACGCUGCCCGAUCUGAUCGCCCCUGUUGUUCGGGAGUCAAGAUGGCGUCCGGUAGCGUUUGAUGGAUGCCAGGAAUUGGCAGGUGAGCAAUUUUGUUGAAAGUAGUACCUGAAGAUCAGCAUGGUUCGAUCUAAUUCAAGAUCUCAUUCGUCGAGAUCAAGGUCUCGAUCUUGCUCCAGUUCUAGAUCAAGAUCGAAUUCCAGAUCCCGUUCUAGGAAAAAGAGAUACAGCUCUAGAUCCCGUUCUAGAUCCUACUCUCGAUCUCGCAGUAGAGAUCGUAACUAUCCCAGAGAAUAUCGAGAUUAUCGUGGUAAUAGAGGAAUGAGACGUCCCUAUGGUCAUCGUGGAAGAGGGAGAGGCUAUUAUCAAGGCGGACCCCGAUACUAUCGAGGUGGUUAUAGGCUGAACUGGCAAAAUCGAAGACAGUCUCGUAGUCCACGACGAGGCCGUUCAAGGUCAAGAACGCCAAAACGUCGAUCGAUAUCUCAACGAUCCAGAAGUCGAUCUCGCCGGUCAUCCUCUGCAAGGUCUCCUGGUUCAUCAUCUUCCCGUUCUUCUUCACGCCACAGUAGAUCUCCGGUGACUUCAAAACAGCGCAAGCCCACAGACAAACGCAGAAAGAAAACUGAUGGAACUGUUUCACUAGAGGAGUCUGAAAAGAACAAGCAAACAGAAAAAGUUGGAACAGAUGUUAAAUGUGAUACUGAUUCUACUAAGGUCCACAGUGAAUUUCGUAAAUCUCCUCCCAUUCGAAGUGAAAGCUGGGCAGGGCUUUCAACCUACAAUGACAAUAGUCCAAGAUCCCGUCACAGUUUAUCUUCACUUCCUAGUCCAUCUAGCCUCAGUCCUACACAAUCUAUUCCCUCCCAUCACAGUUUCUCACAGGCUGGGCCACCUAGACUGAGUUCAUCUAAGGCCAGUCCACCGUCCUCAAGUUUGCAGCACAGUCCUGAACUGCACAGCUCCUCAGGUCAUAGUGCAUCACAAUACAGCCCUUCUCAGUGCAGUCCAAUACGAAAAAGCCCAACAAAAGUAGUUUCAUCUCAACUCAAUGUUCCAAAGGAAGAAGGUCGACUGAAACAGUCUGCUUUUUCUGGUGACGCUGCGGACAUGGAAUUGUCCAAAUCCAAGUACCUGAAAAGGUUUGCCGAGAAAGAGGAGAGUAGAACCUUUGUGCUGGACAGAGGAGAUGGAAGAGAGAAAGAUGCUCAAAAGGAAAGGGGCUCAGAGAAAGACCGGGCAAAGGGAAGGGAAUGGGGGGGUAAAGUAGGAGUAGAUUAUAAUAGCCUUAAAGGUGAGUACUUUAAGAAGGAAACUGACAAAAUGUUGUAUUUAACGGAGUCUCCAGAGAGACGUAGACAAUUUCUUUUGGUUGGGUUGGCUGAAGCGGAUAGUUGUAGACCUAAAUUUCAGUACACUGUGACCAAUCAGAAGGAAAAGGGUUAUGAAUCUCUUUGGAAUCUUGGCUAUGAGGAAAAUAAAUACAAAACAAAAAUUGUAAUCAAAGGAGCAAAAGACCACGAUAGGUUUGGAGAUGAAAGAUCGUUCAAAUUUAAUGUGGCUAGCUUUUCAUCUAGUGCAAUUAAAGAGAAGCUUAGGGAUGAAGACAAGUAUGCAGAGAAAAAAUAUGAGGAAAGAACAGCAACAAAGAAAGAAUCUAUCUCACCUGAUCCGAUGAAAGGUGAAAAGUUCAAAGAGCUCUAUGAUCCAUGCUCUUCAUUGCCAGAACCAAAAAACACGGAUGUCAGAGAAAGGGAUAAAAUGUCUUUUACAGAGGAAAGUCCAUCAAGGAUGAAAACCUUGCCCACUACAUCUGAUCAACCUGAAAUGAAAUUGAAAAUGUCUGCCCUUCAGUUUGAAGAUUCUUGUCCACCCGGAAGUUCUGUGACAACUGAAAGACAGCUUUCCAGUGCUCUUGUCCAUUCCAGCACGAAAGAGCAAGGAUUCCAUUCUAUCUUUGAUCAUCUUAAGUUGCCUCAGUUUUGCCGAAGUUCUUCAGAAUCAUUUAUUCACCAUAUUGUGACCCUGGUUCAUCAUGUUAAAGGAAGGUGGCUUAUAUUGGAAAUAUGUACUUUAUGUGAAAGUGAAACUAUUGAUUUGAAGUUCCCUGAUGUGCCAGACAAAAUUUGGAAGAAGAUAACAUUUCAAAAGCACUAUUUCAAGUCAACGGGGAUGACCCUAAAUGAGCGCUUUACAUUGUAUCAGAAGACAUCAGAAGAUCAUGGCACCAGGCCGAAAAGCCCCGAAAUCCACAGGAGAAUUGAUAUUUCUCCCAGCUCUCUACGAAAGCAUACUCGCAUGACAGAGGGAGAUAUGAGCUCCAAGGAAGAGAACCGAAAGGCAGAAAAAAAAUUGAAAUGUGAUGCAGCUGACCUGCGCCAUGAUAUUGAUCGACGUAGAAAAGAGAAAAGUAAAGAACGUGAAGGUUCGCGAGAAUCCAGUACAUCAAAGAAACCUCCGUUAGAAAAAUCAGGGAAAGACCAAAAAGAGUACAAAGAUUUCAAAUCCUUCAAGGAGGGAAGCAAGUAUAGAAAUAAAGAUCGGGAUCAUUCCAGUUGCUCCUCACCAUCUUCACCUUCACCUGAACCCCAAGAGGACCGAGAAGUCAGAAAAGAAAGGGAUGAGGGAUCAAGUGGUUUUAAAUCGUUCCAAGGACACACAGAUGGUGCAGUUUUUCAAGGGCGAGGAAGAUCCAGAGGAAACUUUCAGUUCCGAAUAAAAGGUGGCAGAGGGAGAGCCAGAGGAACUUUCUCUGGUUUGAAUACUGUUUCCACCAGUACUACAAAUCCAAAUUUUCAAAAACGACCCAAGGAAGAAGAGUGGGAUCCUGAAUAUACUCCAAAGAGCAAGAAAUACUUCUUGCAUGAUGACAGAGAUGAUGGGGUGGAUUACUGGGCCAAAAGGGGAAGGGGGCGAGGUACUUUUCCAAGAGGACGUGGGCGAUUUAUUUUCAAAAAAUCGAGCAGCAGUCCAAAGUGGACACAUGACAAAUAUCAGGGAAGCGAUGAAAAGGAGGAAGAAAAUGGAGGAAUAGAAGAUGAAGAGGAGAGAAAGGAGAGACACAAAGAGGAAAAGGAACACGUUUAAAUAUGUCGCAGCACAGGAAUUGAAAUUAAUUCCCUGGAAUUAUACAACUGGAUUUUCCAUCUCCUGUUCUUAACUCAUCUUUUGAUUUUUUUUUUUUUUUUGGGGUCUGAUGUUAGCCUUUAAUUGAAUUCUAAUGUUGAUUGUAUAGUCUUGGUAAACCAGAAUUCAAAACCUUUUAGUUUUGAAGGGUACGAUGUGUGAAAUGUCUGCCUUAAUUGUUGGCUAUUAACUAUCUAUUAUAUAUCAGUAUUUUUUAGAUAUUGAUAACUGCAUGGCUAGUUGAUGUAUGACAUAAAAGCACAGUUUAGAAAAUGAACAUCUUGUAUUUGAAGAAAAAUAUGGGGAUUUUUUUUAUUGUGAGUAGCUGUAUUUAGUCAUUUUGUUCUCUGCUUCUCAAAUAAUAUUUGCUUAAUGAAA